AUGGCACUCUCCACAACAACAAAGAUGGCUUUUCUUGAGGAAAAAACAUCUCCCAGAUCUCUUCGCACCUUUCCAAUCGAGCUUCGUCGUAUGAUCUAUCGUCUCCUCCUUCAGGGUAUAUGGGGAGAACUCGGUCAUCGAUGCACGGCUCGAAAAUUCCUUGCCGCAUUACGUGCAGAUGUGGGACUUUAUAAAGAAGCUCUAACUAUCUUUUACAAAACGAAUACAUUUUCCUUGAGUUAUAAAAAUUACUGGCUGGGGAGAUGUUUUGUUCAGAGUGGUGGGGUCAGAUUUAUGGAUACGAGAAUUGUGUCAUUGGCGUCGACGUUUCAGAAAGUACAUGUUGAAGUUCCACUCUCUACUUGGACUUCAGGUCCUAUUGAUGGUCUCCCCUCCACCUCCCCAUCCUUCGACCGCACAGCCCGAAUAAUCCGCAUGGCGCAAAACCUCACAUAUCUCCAUGUCGAACCCACAGUCAACAGUGGCUGUCGCACCCAAUGGCUCGCUCUAAUCUGCGAUCUCAUCGGUCCCGCCGAUUCUUGUCCUGCUCUUCUAACUCUAAAAUUCACAUGGGCAGCUUAUAUGAUGGAAAAAUAUAGCCAUACCGUCGAAUGGACCAUCCAUCAAUUCGAUUCCGUCUUCGGCACCCCUGGAUAUCUGGAAUUCCCCUCAACCGGCCACAAAGUAUCCUGGAUAUGGCAACACCGCGGCCAAGACACAGGCCGCGUCCUCAAAUGGGGCAACCACGGAAAAAGUCUCGCGCGAAUCGAAAUAAGCCUAGGCGAAGUCGCCGCCAUGCGCCAACGCGAUCUCAUGUCCCACGAAUCGGGAAAAAUCUGGCAAUUUCGACACUGUCGCUCGUUUAUGUAUGGCGUGCAUCCAAAGUGUUGUAUCUCGAUUUUCGCAACGCCACUUCCGGGAACAGGGGUGAAUGAUCCGCCCUCGGGGGUUUAUCAACAUAGCAAUGGAGAGAUCUAUAGACAGGGAAGUGGAGACGAUUUACCUAUCUUGUUGGAUGAGAAAGAUAUCGGCGAGGAAUCGGGGAUGUGGAGACCGAUUCCGAUGAAUAGUUUGCUUAAAAUGAAGAAACGCUGUGAGGAGGAGCAGGAAAGAGGUCCUCUCAUUCAUCACGAGCCGAGGGAGGAAAAUCAUCUCACGAAAUGGCUUUACGAUCAAGGUUUUGAAUGUCCCAUCGAUACCGUCGCGAAGUUCAACACAAUUCUCACAUGGGCCCGGAAGCAAGAAAUGUAUGGAAAUCCUUCUCAGCGCGGUUCAGAGGGUGAUUUGCGAUAUAUCUCAAAUUCCGAAGAUGUAGACAUCGAUACCAACUUUCAAAAUACCUUCGCAGAUGGACUUGCAGUUUCGCGUCCGGAAAGAGAGGAAUCGCAUCCGACGGUUGAGAGACGAGUACCAGGUGUCAAAUACGAUAGACGGAACGGAACUAAGUAUCGUUCUGCACUUCCAAGUAAUUGGGACUGUGCGGAUAGUGAUGAGGGGAUGGAGAGAGGAGAGGAGGUUUUCGUCGAGGAGAGCGAGAAGAAUGAUCGUUUGGCGAGGGAUAGAGUCUAUGCGGAGAGUGGGGGGAGUGGGGAGACGGUUUUGGUAGAGGAUUUGGUGUUUGAACCGGGAAAAAGGAGACGGGAAAUUAUUCGUUGA